GUUGCCAUUGCCAUUGCCAUUGCUGUCCACUGCCAGUGUCACGGACUUACCGUUAACCGUUAAAACGUUGUGUGUUGCAUACCGCCACGAGCUACAGGCACUGCUUUACUGCAAUUUUAACCGCGAAUUUUUUGUUCAGUGAUUUUUGUUGAUGUUUUCUACUAAGUGCUACGCAAGGAUAAUCUCCAGCAUGCUGACCCUUCCCGCAGCCUGUCUAUGUCUGGCUCUGCUCUUCGUCGUCGCGUGGCAUCCACAACCCACCGCUGGCCGCAGCUACAGCAGCGGCCUCAUCUUCUACGAGCUGGCCACCCACACGCCCUAUUUGCCGCCCACUGUGAGCGUGUCGCGUGGUCGCAACCUGGCCAGCGUCAAGUACUCGUCCAAGGGCUCCAUUUGGUCUACAUUUGGGCAGCCGUGCGAGUGCCAUGGCCCCGUGUGCGGCUGCUGUGCCGGCCUCAAGGUGGAUCAGUACAAAUUCGACCAAAAAGUGUGCGCCAAUGUCACGUUCGUGCCACAGCUGGAGGAGGCUCAGCUGGAGGUGUACCUCAAUGAGCGGCCCUCGUCCAAGUACGGGAUCUCGUUGAGGAAUCCGUCGCCGUUCUGCAUACCCGUCAUGAUGGGAGUGCCCAUGGCCAUGUGCGUCCAGAUGACCGACGUGGCCCUGGUGGGCAACAAUCUCAACAUGUGCAUGGACUUUGUGGUGCGACUGGCGACCACGGAUCUCUUCGAGAUGCACUUCCAGUGCAUGCGAAUGGGCCUCGACGGCCUUCAGUAUGUGGACAAGAAUGGCAAGCCCGUGCUGCCAGCCGCCGAGCCGCAGGGUGAUGAUGAUGCUGAUGAUGAGGAGGAGCAAAUGGAACCGGGAACGGGUUCUGCUGCGGAGUAUGACUAUAGUGAACAGGAAUUGCCAGAGGAGGAGGAGAAGCUGGAUCAGCAGCAGCAGCAGCAGCAGCCGGAGGUGCAGGAGGAGGAGCAGCCUGAACCAUUGCCAAUUGAAAGUGAAAUGCUAAUGGCCAGCGAUCAAGACCUGGCCAACAAAGAAGACCAAAUGGAGGCUGUCAACGAGGAGGAGGAGGAGGAGGCGGCGGCGGCGGCAGACUCAGAGGCAGAUACAGAGUCGGAGGCGGAGGCGGAGACACCUGCCAAUGCUGGCGAGAGUGGCCUGAAGCCAAACGAAGUAAUUGAAACAAUUACCAAUUCAAUAAGAGCCACUGAGGCGCCUUUAGCAACUACAACCACGACGACAACGACAACGACAACUCGACAGCCGAUCACAAGCCACGAGCAGAUCGAUGGUGAGGCGGAGAGGGAGCAAGAAGAGCCAAAGGUGGAAGAGGUGAAAAUGUCAACUGAAGAGGAGACAGAGCAAGAGGCAGAGUCAGAGGUAGAGACAGAGACAGAGGCAGAGGCAGAGGCAGAGUCACCCACCAUCACAUUGGCAGAAAAAAUCGAAAACGAAAACGAAAACAUUAGCGACAACGAGAUAAAUGUGGAUGAUGAUGCUGGGAAAGAUGGCAAGGUGAAGGAACCCCCAGCAAAAGUGCAGCCGGAGAAAGAGAAGGAAACGGAGAAGACAAAACCGGAGCUAGAGACGGGCACGGAGUUGGAGACUGGCACUGAGUUAUUUGAUAUGGCCGAGGCAGAGUUAAACGAUGACACAGCUGCAGAGGAGGUGGCCAAUAAAGCGGAAGAAGCUGAUGAAGAUGAUGCCGCAGAGGGGGAGGAAGACGAGACUGAAGAUGACGCCGAGCUGGAGGAGGAUAACGCUGAUGGUUAUGAGGAGGAUGACGAGGAGGAUGCCGAGGAGGAAGAAGAUGAGGAUGAAGAGGAGGAGGCACAAACAGAGGCCACAAGCCAUGCAAGUAGCCAGCAAAAUAGCAUUGAAAGCACUGCAGUGCAUCAAGCAGUUGAUGACCAAGCACAUGCAAGCAGUGCCAUACAGACAGAUGCAGCGACAGCGACAGCAACAGCAACAGCUGCAGCUGCAGCCAAGUCGUUGUCCAGGCGCCAUCGAUUGCAACGGCAACGUCGCCGCCACCACGCCGCCAAGCAGUCUCGUGCACACUUACUUUAACGUAAUUAUUAAUUGUUAAUGAGUUGUUAAUGCUAAACGUUGAUGCUUGUUAAUUAAUACUUAUUUAAUAUUUAUUGAAACCAACACUCAAAGCCAAACUCAAGCGAAUAAAGCAUAAUUUA